GAGUCUAUGGUUACCUGAAUGAGUUCCCAAUUAGAGACAGCUGAUUUCGGUUGUCUCUGAUUGGGAGCCUUAUUUAGGGUAGCCAUAGGCUCUCAUUGGUUGUGGGUAAUUGUCUAUGUAAGAACGUUAGUAGCCUGUAUGUUUGUGCACAACGUUUGUAGCUUCACGGUCGUUUUGUUGUUUUUGUUGUUUUGUUAAAGUGUUUUUGUGUCGUGUUCAUCUUCGUGUUGUUUAAUAAAAGAAGAUGGCUUAUUUUCCAACUGCUGCGUUUUGGUCCGUAAAUCCCCCACACGAUCGUGACAUACGUUCUCAAAAUGAUUCUCUCAAAUGUACAGCAAACUCUUCUCAUUAAAUGUCAACCUUUGCGUGGCUUUAGAUCUGAAUCCAAGAUGUUUGCAUCAGUAACUCCUCUUAUAUCCAAUGUAUGAUCUAUGUUAUAUUGUUUUCCAAUUCAUUAACUUGAGUGACCUUUUAAAGGCAAUGUGGGAAAUACAAAUCUUGGAAUGCCUGACUUUCCGUGUGGUUUUCACAGUGACCUGAGACGUUUUAUAGAUUUUGUCCUUUAAUAAUACACCCAAAUGUAGUAAAUACACCCGUUUUUGUGAUGCUGAUGUGACGUCUUUGCACAGUGGGAUGGCAAUUGCAAAAUCUUGUAAUAACUUUAUUUCUAAAAUCCCUCAUGAUAUUCUUUCUAUGUCUAUCCCCUGCCUUUGUCACACCACAUUUGCCAAUUUUCUCUCUUCCCAGCACCUGCCAUGCCUGUCAACCUUCUACUCUUCCUCAUCCUCUUCCUCCCUGUGUGUCAUGGCUGCCACACUGGCUCCUUCACCGACUGCCAGAAGGCUCCGUUCGUCCCCGGCCACAACCUGGCCGGAGAGGGUUUCAACAUUGUCAAGAUGCAGACCUCCGGCGCCUUUGUGGUGGAUGUGCGGAAGUUCAUGGUCGGUGGGCACAGUGGUAACUGCACCCUGUGCACCAACACUCUGAUGGACAACCAGGUCCAGAAAUUACCGCUCUCCGUACUGGACUGGCGCACAAAGGUGACGUGUCGUCGGAGCCUCAGCAGCCAGAUGUAUGACUCGAGCCUCUCCGUUCUGAAGGAGACCGCUAACUCUGCCAGCAUCAGCUGGAAGGUUGGCCUGGGAAUCAAGGGCAUUGCUGGGGUUGCUGUUGGAGGCACACACUCCAAAACUGCCAUGUUCGCAAAAGGCCACUCCACCAAAGACAAGUUCUCUUUCACCAGCCAUGAAUUCAAAUGCCAAUAUUACACCUUUCGCCUCCGAACCCAACCUCCCCUGAGCCAGGAGUUUCAUGACUCCCUAAAAAAACUCCCCUGCACAUACACUCAAAAGACCGCCCCUGCCUACAGCCACUUCAUCUCCAUCUAUGGCACCCACUACAUCCGCAAGGUGCACCUGGGGGGCCGGGUGCACUCCACCACAGCCAUACGCACCUGUGAGAUGGCCAUGAGCGGCCUCUCCCUCCAUUCUGUCAGCAACUGUCUGGGGGUGGAAGCCAGUGGCACCAUCAAGGGUGUCACGAUCAGCGCCGAGACCGAGUUCUGCAAGUCCCAGAGCAAAAAACUGAAGAAAGGUGCAAGCUUCGGAGCCACCUUCUCGGACCGCGUCACCGAAGUGCAGGGCGGCAACUUCGAGGACGAGGACAUCCUCUUCAACCCUGACAAGAAGUCUGGCUAUAAAACCUGGCUGAAGUCCCUGACUAAGGUCCCUGGUGUGGUCUCCUACCAGCUCAGCUCCCUGCACUUCCUGGCCAGAGACAACCCCAUCCUUAAGACCAACCUGCGCACUGCCAUCAGAGGCUACAUCCAAAAGCACGCUGUGUCCACCUCCUGCCCUUCUGCUUGCAAGACAGGGAGACGCAACAAAGACUGCGCCUGUACGUGUAGCGGUCACAGGAAUGUGGACUCCAACUGCUGCCCCGGUAAACCGGGCGUGGCCAGGAUGAAUGUGACGGUGGUCCGAGCUACGGGGCUCUGGGGCGACUACUUCUCUAAGACAGACGGCUACGUCAAGGUCUUCUACGGAAAGCAAGGCGGUUCCACUCCUGUGAUCUGGAACAAUGACUUCCCCUACUGGAACUAUAUGAUUCAGUAUGGAACGGUGGAUUUGAAUAGUAAAAAAACCUUGUACUUUGAGGUGUGGGACCGCGACAACAGAUGGAACGAUAACCUGCUAGGAAAGGGCUCCAUAACCCCUCAAAGGGGCAUGAAAGUCAAUCAAGGGUUCAAGUUGAAACACGGCACGCUUUAUGUCUCCCUGUCUGUGGUUUGUGGCCCCAGCCUUAAAGGAGCCUUCUGUGAUCAGUAUGCACCCUCCCCUGGGUCCCAGGGUAGGCUGAGUUACGUCCAUGACCGGGACAGAGAGACAGAGACGUUACCCACCCUCUUCCAGGGUUCUCACAGUACCCGGAACAGGACCUUCCUGUGAACGGUGCCCCUCAUGUUUACAUUUACAUUUACAUUUAAGUCAUUUAGCAGACGCUCUUAUCCAGAGCGACUUACAAAUUGAUGUUAAAUGACUUACUUAAUUAUAAUAAUAUAAUAACAUAUGCCGUUUAGCAGAUGCUUUUAUCCAAAAGGACUUACAGUACAGGGCAUAUAUUUUAGAAUAUCUGACCCCAAGCGGGAAUCAAACCCACACCCUCUAACCAAUGCUCUUACCAUCUGAGCCUCAUAGGACUAUUUACUCCUCUCCACUCUCUGUGGAGCAUAAGGCCGCAACAACACGUGCCAUGCCAGACGGUCCUUUGCCGUUUUCUCUUUUGCUUCACCUUUGUGACAUGAGGCUAAUGGUAAAUCAGUUUUUAAAAAUGCAUUAAAUCGAUAGGUCAACCAGUUAGCUUGCGUUGACAAGCUCCGUCUUUCCUUUCCAAGGCGAUAAAAUGAUUCAUUGCUUCAGGGUUGCCUCUACAUUCAUAUCUUUUUUCUUUCUGUCACAAAACUAAAUUAUUUCUCAAUAUUGACCUUUUUUUUUUGUGUAUUUUUUGUUGUACAAUUCUAUGUAAUGUCUGAUACAUCCAAAUAGUUGGGGUUUCAGUAUUACUCGUAUAACUGUGACACACACAAAAAACUUAUUGAAAGUGAUGUGAGAGGAGGGAUUUAGGUCUACUUGCGGCCUGCAUGAAGAGGAACAUUACCCAAGUGCUUUUGCUGAUUCAUUACCACCCAGAUGAAGUGGGUGAGACCACUGACUCUGGAUGCGUCGCAAAUGGCAUCCUAUUCCAUUUAUAGUGCAUUACCUUUGACCAGGGCCCAUAGAGCUCUGGUCAAAUGUAGUGCACUAUAUAGGGAAUAGGGUUCCAUUUGGGACUCAUGCUCUGCAUUAGACCAAGGUAACAGGAACAUGACCACAUUCCUCAACUGACAUGACACUUGGCAAUAGCUGAGAAAGCAAAUGUGGCUUACAUACAGUAGGUCACUUAUAUUUAGUUUUCACUGUAUUUUUUUUUUUGUAUGUUUAUGUUCCUUUCCUUUCACAUUUGUUUAAACAUUUUAUCAUUGCAUUUUCUAUUUUCUGCUUGUACUGUCAUUCAAUAAA